GCUGUAGAUCUCCCUGCAGGUCUUGAAGAAAUGACCUUUGGAUCUUCCUUUAACCACGACUUGGCCGCAGUGACGUUCCCCAGCUUGAACGACUUGACCUUGGGCAAUGGCUUCAAUCAGAAGAUGGAGGAUGUGAAGCUGCCUCGUGGACUGCGACACCUGGUUUUUGGACGUGAUUUCAACCAACCUUUGCCACGGCUAGGUGAGCUGCUGGAAUCCUUGAGCUUGGGCCGUGACUUCGACCAACCCUUGGAACCGCUGGAAUCCACGGCCUCGGGGCUUCAAACGUUGAACUUUGGGCAGAAGUUCAACCACCGUCUGCCAAAGCUCCCCAAGUCAUUGCGGCACUUGUCCUUUGGAAGCUCCUUCAACCAGGAUCUGCGGGAGGUGCUUCCGGAAAGCUUGGAGAGUUUGACUCUGGAAGAGGGUUUUUGCCGCAGCUUGGAGGGUGUUUUGCCUCAAGGCUUGCAGAGCUUGACGCUGAGAGGACCAUUGGAUCAUCUCUUGCAAGAUGUCGACCUUCCCACAGGCCUGCAGCGGUUGACCUUGAAACCCACCGCGGAGGAGACAUUGAAAGGCUUGAGGUUUCCACAUCAGUUACAACAUCUCACCUUUGGCUUCAGUUUCAAUCAGAGCUUGGAGGAUAUGAAGCUCCCCGCAGCGCUUCAAAGCUUGACCUUGGGAUAUCACUUCAACCAAGCAUUGCUUCAGCUUCCCAAAGAUCUUCAGGUUUUGAGCUUUGGAUAUAGCUUUGACCAAAGCUUGGAGGCCGUGAGCUUUCCACACACCUUGCAGAGCAUCUCCUUCGGGCAUGACUUCAACCAAAGCCUGGAGCGUGUCCAGCUUCCUCGAAAGCUGCAAUCCUUGACGUUCGGACACAACUUUGAUCAGAGUUUGGCAUCCACGGUGUUCUCCGAAGGACUUCGCAGCUUGACCUUUGGAUACAACUUCGAUCAGGCAUUGGAUGACGUGCAUUUUCCUGAGAGCCUUGAGGUCUUGACCCUAGGAACACGUUUCGACCAACCAUUUCAAAACGUGACGUUGCCGAGUGGUCUUUUAAGCUUGACCCUGGGCGGCUCCUUCUCUCACAGUCUGGAGGGAGUUCUUCUUCCUAGCAGCCUUCAAAGCCUCACCUUUGGCCAUCGUUUCACUCAAAGUUUGCAGCCUUUGGACCUCCCACAACUGCAAAGCCUCCGAUGUCAGGGCAUCACCGCUGAUUGCUUUUAAGCGCUGGAACGUGUUUGGUCGGAUCUGGGAAAUCCUGACCCUGACCCGAAGGAGAAGGCACAGCUCGUUCCAGGUUUGGAAAGGGCUAUUGUGCCGAACGCUGAGUACAGUUCGAUCGAACUGUGCCGAACGCUGCCUUUUUGCUUUGCCAGGCCCCAGUUGCAGCAGUUGAACUGUGCCUGCUGCCUGCCCGGUUCAGCCAGUACAGUCGCAAAAGCAGCUGAACUACAACCUAUCCGUCUCGACACCCAUCGGUUUGCCUAUGCCUUCGGAUCCGCCCC